AGCACCCCUGAGAGGGGGCCUGGGCAGCCAGAGGCAUCAGUGAUCCUUACAGCUGGCCAGUGUAUCCUGAGUGCUUCUGGAAAAGCAAGAGAAACAGUACUGACAGAGCCAGGUGAUGUGAACUCCUGCACAUGGGGUUUCUGAUAAGGCAUAAUCCUGCUUCUGAGACUGUUUCUCUUAUUUUGGUCUGUCAGACACUGUUUUGGGAGUGUUUCCUCAGUCUGUACCUACACUUGCAGGAGGGAGGAGCUGGUCCUGCUGUAUCUGCUCGUGAUUGAUGCCCAUCCUUUUUGGGGUGAGGGAACUUGGGAACAGGGAGUAUCCUAGUCAGGACAGAUCUUACUCUGGCAUGUGGGUUGCCCAGUGACUCCCCCUCCCCCUGCCGAAGCUGACCCCCUUUCUCUGAUCAGCUGCUCCUGACAAGCCUGGAGCACCAAGUGUUGUUCCCCAGGGUCCGAGCGUACAGUGUUUUUCUGAAGGUUGUCCCAUCCUCAGUGGUAAACACUGCUGUGUCAGGGUACUGCUCAGGGGCCACUUGGAGCACAUAGAUUUUUGCCAGCAGAAUUGUGAAGCUUUGCAUCGGGCUGCAAAACCAGGGCUUGAGCAAGCAGCUGGAGAGAGUCCAGGACUAGAGUGUUUUUGGGUUUGGGGGGUGGAGAGCAGAGGGAGGGAAAGGGAGGGGCAGGAGGGCAGAGCUACACAAGCAGGCAGUCUGCUGCUUUGGCUUUGCUGCCGGCAGAGAGGACUUCAGUUGUGCCUGAGGGCCGCUUGGCCACUAUUGCUGUAGACCGGAGGGCGCUGCCUCGCAACCCUGACUUACCGGCACUGCACCCGGACUGUUCCAAGUGGCUGUUGUGCUGUCUUUUCCCUGGGAGGCAAGUCUCCUCCCUGUCGUCCCCUCCUGCUCCUCCCCCGUUCUGUGAGGGAUGAUGCCGCUCUCUGUUGCACGGCUCAGCCGGCUGAUGUCACUGGCAGCGGGAAGCAUCAGCAGCCUGAUCACAUGCUGGCCCAGUCUGUAAUGCAGACGGGAUAGGGACUUCCAGGACUCUGAAGAAACAGUUACAAGCAGGAUGCUUUUCCCCACCUCUGCGCAAGAUUCUUCCCGUGGCCUCCCAGAUGCAAAUGACUUGUGCCUUGGCCUGCAGUCCCUCAGUCUCACAGGCUGGGACCGACCCUGGAGCACCCAGGACUCAGAUUCUUCAGCCCAGAGCGGCACACACUCAGUAUUGAGCAUGCUCCACAAUCCAUUGGGCAGUGUCCUGGGGAAACCCCCCUUGAGCUUCCUGCCUCUGGACCCCCUUGGAUCUGACUUGGUGGACAAGUUUCCAGCACCCUCCGUUAGAGGAUCCCGCCUGGACACCCGGCCCAUCCUGGACUCCCGUUCUAGCAGCCCCUCUGACUCAGACACCAGUGGCUUCAGCUCUGGAUCAGAUCAUCUCUCAGAUUUGAUUUCAAGCCUCCGAAUUUCUCCUCCCCUGCCCUUCCUGUCUCUGACGGGGGGUGGUCCCAGAGACCCUUUAAAGAUGGGGGUUGGGUCCCGGCUGGACCAAGAGCAAGCUGCUCUGGCUGCAGUCACGCCCUCCCCAACCAGCGCAUCAAAGAGAUGGCCAGGAGCUUCUGUGUGGCCGUCCUGGGACCUCCUUGAAGCCCCCAAAGACCCCUUCAGCAUAGAGAGAGAGGCCAGGCUACACAGGCAAGCUGCAGCUGUGAAUGAAGCCACCUGUACCUGGAGUGGCCAGCUUCCUCCCCGGAACUACAAGAACCCCAUCUACUCUUGCAAGGUGUUCCUAGGAGGUGUCCCUUGGGAUAUUACGGAAGCUGGAUUGGUUAACACCUUCCGUGUUUUUGGCUCUUUGAGUGUGGAGUGGCCUGGUAAGGAUGGCAAGCACCCCCGGUGUCCUCCCAAAGGGUAUGUAUAUCUGGUCUUCGAACUAGAGAAGUCUGUCCGGGCCUUGCUUCAGGCUUGCUCUCAUGACCCGCUGAGCCCAGAUGGCCUGAGUGAAUAUUACUUCAAGAUGUCCAGCCGGAGGAUGCGCUGCAAGGAGGUACAAGUGAUCCCCUGGGUCUUGGCCGACAGCAACUUUGUUCAGAGCCCAUCUCAGAGACUUGACCCCAGCAGGACGGUAUUUGUUGGUGCUCUGCACGGGAUGCUCAAUGCCGAGGCCCUGGCAGCCAUUCUGAACGACCUAUUUGGUGGUGUGGUGUAUGCUGGGAUUGACACAGAUAAGCACAAGUAUCCCAUUGGGUCUGGUCGCGUGACUUUCAAUAACCAACGUAGUUACCUGAAAGCAGUCAGUGCUGCUUUUGUGGAGAUCAAAACCACCAAGUUCACCAAGAAGGUUCAGAUUGACCCCUACUUAGAAGAUUCUCUGUGUCAUAUCUGCAGUUCUCAGCCUGGUCCUUUUUUCUGUCGAGAUCAGGUGUGCUUCAAGUACUUCUGCCGGAGCUGCUGGCACUGGCGGCACAGCAUGGAGGGCCUGCGCCAUCACAGCCCCCUGAUGCGGAACCAGAAGAACCGAGAUUCCAGCUAGAGGAGCUGGCCUUGCCCAGUGGCCUGUGGCGCCUGAGGCUGGCAGGUCAGGCAGUAGCCUGCACCACCCUGCUGCCACUGGCCACCGGGGAGCUGGCUUCCCGAGGACAAGGGAAAAUCGUAGUCACCUUUGCACUUGCUGAAUCUGUCUUUGUUUCUGCACUAAUUAAUGCACAAUGAGUUUUGUCGGAUUUUGUUUUCAGGGGGUGUACCAGGGCAAGGACCCUUAGGCUCACCCUCCAAGCGACUCUGUAGUUUUCCCAGAUUUUAGUUUCUCAUUUUGCCGAUGAAAAAGCAAAAAAGAACUACGUGUCCGGAAGGUAUUGACACGAUGCCUACAUCUAGGUUUAUUUAUUAAAAGCGCUUUUUUACAUUCCUUGCAAUACUGAUGGUGAUGAUGUGCAGGUCUCAUUGGUUUCAUUCUUGCAGUUGCCAUACAGUGCCUUUCCAUUUAUUUAACCCCCACCUGAACGGCAUAAACUGAGUGUUCAGCUGGUGUUUUUUACUGUAAACAACAAGGAGACUUUGCUCUUCAUUUAAACCAAAAUCAUAUUUCAUAUUUUACGCUCGAGGGUUUUUACCGGUUCCUUUUUACACUCCUUAAAACAGUUUUUAAGUCGUUUGGAACAAGAGAUUUUUUUUUCUUUCCUGGCAGCUUUUAACAUUAUAGCAAAUUUGUGUCUGGGGACUGCUGGUCACUGUUUCUCACAGUUGCAAAUCAAGGCAUUUGCAACCAAGAAAAAAAAAUUUUUUUGGAUUUGAAACUGGACCGGAUAAACGGUGUUUGAGUGGCUGCUGUAUAUAGUUUUAAAUGGUUUAUUGCACCUUCUUAAGUUGCACUUACUUGGGGGGGGAGGGUUGAUAGAAGUUUUUAAUCACAAAGUCACAGGACUUUUUUCUUUUGUAACUGAGCUAAAAAGGGCUGCUUUUUGGUGGGGGCAGAUGAAGGCUCACAGGAGCCCUUUCUCUCAGAGGGGACAAGUACCCUUCCCUUAUUUCUUUCAUUUGAGAAAUGUAUGAAGCAACAGUUGCAGUUGACUGAAAUGCUACUGGAAUUUGAAAACUUGACUUUUUCUUUUCUUUUCUUUUUUUUUUUUUUUUUAAAAAAAAAAAAACGACUUUCCCCUUUUUUUGGAUGUCUUUUUGCCAAAGAACCAGUGUCAUACCCCCCCCUCCUCCCUCCUGCUGAGCUGACGUUGCAUUGUUGCAUAUCCCAGCUACUCUGUGGGUUUUGUGAAGCUGUGUGUGAAGUCUCUACCUCAUUGUAGUAUAUGCAGGCAAGACUGCACUCUCCUACAGAUGUGUGGAGUAAGCUGUGGUGUAGUUUUUUUGGCACAUAAUAAACACGUUGCAGCAGA